AUGAGUCACCUUACUGUGGAAGAAGUAUACGGAGUGAAGAAAAUAGCGAAAAACAAAUAUAUUGGAAACCGUCCAUUGAAUAAACCAACCCCAAGAACAAGAGGAGUUUAUGGAGGUAAUUUCUGUGCUCAAGCAGUUUUGGUUGGUAUUGAGUCAGCCCCAGUUGGAUAUACACCACAUUCGAUUCAUAGUUAUUUCAUACGUGGUGGUGAUCCAGAUAUUCCCGUUGAAUGGGAAGUUGAAAUCAUAUCUAAUGGGAAAUCAUUUUCAAAUAGAAUUGUUAAAGGUAUACAACAUGGAAACGUCGUUUAUGUUGCUGCUGUUUCUUUAACGAAGAGAAAUUCUGCAGGUUCUAAAGAUGAUUUUACAUACGAUACACCACCUGAUGAAACUGUUAAAACUUACAGUAACGCUGAACUUGACACAUAUUAUCAAUCAUCACUUUUCAUUGAAGUGAAAAACUAUCCUAAACAAUUGCAUUCUCAUCAGAUAUCAUAUUCAGUAAAAUGGGGUGAAACAAAUGAUGCGUGGAAAAAUGUCAGUCAACCUUAUCAAUUUGUCGGACUUGCAGCUAUUUCAGAUGUACUUGACUUGGGUCAAAUUUUACGAAACUUGGAUAUUCAUUUAGAUCCAAAAUUUAAUGUAUCACUUGAUCAUACUGUGUUUUUCCAUGGUACUGAUUUUGAUAUUACAAAAUGGUCAACUACAACAAUCAGAUUAUCCAAAUUAGCACACGGAAGAGCAUUAAUAGAAGGAGAGGUAUAUUCUGAUACUGGUCGUCAUAUUGCAAGUAUCGUUCAGGAACGAUUAUUUAUUGCUGAAGCACCAAAACUUUGA